GUCCCAGAGCGCUUGCCGUAGAGCAGGAGUGCCGAAGUGGGAGGCGAGGCGCACCGUUGCCGUGGAGACGGAGUGGCUCCGCGCGGCUGCCGUAGAGCGCGCGCAAGGCACUGCGGUUGCCAUGGCGGCGGCGGGUUUUUCGGGGCGCUGAGGCGAGAGGAGGAGGAAGGCCUCGCUUCGCCCGCCAUGGAGGACGAGCUUUACCUGGAAAACAUCGACGAGUUCGUCACGGACCAGAACCGAGUCGUGACCUACAAAUGGCUGAGCUAUACACUAGGUGUUCACGUCAACCAAGCUAAGCAGAUGCUGUAUGAUUAUGUGGAAAGGAAGCGAAAGGAGAAUUCAGGAGCCCAGCUGCAUGUCGUCUACUUGGUGGCAGGAAACAUUGUUCAGAAUGGGCACACGUGCCACAAGGUUGCAGUAGUGAGAGAAGAUCAGCUAGAAGCACUGAAGGCCAAGCUGUCCAGCGUCGCCAGCGUGCACGUCUACAGUAUUCAGAAAGCCAUGCUGAAGGACAGCAGCCCCCUGUACAACACCGACUAUGACAUUGUCAAGGCGAACCUGCAGAACUGCAGCAAGUUCAGUGCCAUCCACUGCGCUGCUGCAGUUGCCCGGACAGCGGCCGAAAUGGCUCAGGCCGAGGCUCCUGCGCAGGUGGAUUCCCAGGUGGCACGUGGCACAAGCACUGGCGUGGCUGCUGUGGCCAAUGGCCACGCCCCAAGCACCGCCUCGAAACAGACCGCCCAGCGGGCCAAGGGCAUUAUGGGCAUGUUUGCCGCGAAACCUGUUGUCAAAACCCAGGACGCACACAAAGAAUCCAAAACUGAGACUAAGGAAACACAAAGUGCCUCGGCUGCGAGCAGCAAGCCGGUCGCAAAAGGAAACGUGCUGAACAACUUCUUUGGGAAAGCUGCCAUGAAUAAGGACUGCACAGGCAACACUGAGCCGGAAGAGCAGAAGGAAGACAAAGCGGCAGCCAAGCCCCCCGUUUCACCAGCAGAAACAAAAUCCCCUUCCGAGACAGCGGAGCCCAGGAAACCGGGAAAGAAAGCUGAGACUGCCAAAGCAAAGCAAGACAAGAAAAGAGCAAAGAGGGCAGAGGUUUCGGAUGAUGAGAAGGAGACCGAAGGCCUGAAGAGAAAGAGGCGUCGGAUCAAGCGUCCUCAGUCCGAGAGCAGCGAUGACGAGGAUGUUCCAGCAACAUCCGUAACCCCUGAAGCAAAAGAGCUUUCGCCUGAGCCAGUCCUGGAGGUGGAGCUGGCCCACGAGCCCACGGAGGCUCCAGCCGGAGGGAAGAAACGGAAACGCAAGCGAGUGCUGAAGUCCAAAACUUUCGUCGAUGAGGAAGGCUGUAUAGUGACCGAGAAGGUCUACGAGAGCGAGUCCUGCACGGACAGCGGAGAGGAGUUCCGGUCCAGGCCUGCCGCGGCCCACAAGCCCCUCCCUGCCAGGACUGCUAAGAAAGAGCCCAAAGAAGACAAGAAAGGCACAAAGAAGGGGGCGGCCACGCUCAAAGCCAACAAGCAAGCCUCCAUCAUGGGCUUUUUCCAGAAGAAGUGAACUGCAGCCGCCUGAAGGGGGCGCUGCAGAGUCGGUGACGGACUUCUGGACCUCUACUCCCCUGUGGACAGCAAACCCCAUGGAAAACAGCUGCUGGAGGCGACUGGAGGAGCUCGGUUUUGAGUUUGCAGCUUUACUACACGAUGGCCUUUUCGACUUCCUUUUUUAAAGGCCAGCCUUUGAGCCCCCCCCCCCCCCGGUCUAGGCUGGCCCCCCAAAAACAGAUUGUCUCCUCCCAUAGACUCGUCGCUACCAUCUCUUCCCCCCACCCCUUUUCUUUUUCCUUCUCGGAAUUGCUCGCCCCCUGCCCUUUGGAGGACCCGAUGGCUGUUUCCACGGGUGAAGCCGCCACCUACCUCACGACCCCUUUAGGAGGAGAGCUUUUCAGGUCUCCCCGAGAGCUGAAAACCCCAGAUGGAGGUUGGAUGUCGUAAUUCUGCAGUAAAACAUGCCUCCCUUAAAACAAAACCUUGUGCGUGUGCGCAAGGACGGGGCGGGAGGAGCCGCCGGUCAGUUCUGCCUUAAUUUCUGCCAGAUUAACCCGCGAUGGGUGUCCGCGUUAGUUCCCCACUUCAGCAUCCGUCACGUCACUGCCCAGUCCAGCUGAAGGAAACAGUGAGCCUCUUCGGUUUUCUCGCUCCUGGUGCUGUGAACCGCGCCGGGAAAGCACCAGCUUUUCAGCAACGUUAAAAGGAACGGGAACUCCCCAAACCACCCGUUGCAUCAGUUGUCUGUAGGAGAGAGGAGUGGAUCGGAUACCGGAAGAACCGUCUUCUAGGGAAUGUCGGCACUGCGACAAGCCAGCUUGGUCCUCCGCCCCAUGUCAAGUUUGAUGGGCUCGAAAGGAUUCUUGCUCUCCUGUCUGCAGCAUCAGGACCUAACGCCAGGAAUUAAGGAGGUGGACUUGGCUGGAUCUCCUUUGGCGUCCCUGCUGCAUCUUUCCGUCCUCCAAGGUGGAAAUGGGAAUGUCGGGGCUGUUCAACAGUGUUCAAGAGCCUGGCGUUUACCCGGCGGAGAUAACCUUGAAUUGCUGAUGUCUUUUCAGUCUACAGACGGCUACAAGGUCGAAGGAGAAGGGGAGAGCAGGGUGUUGGUAUUCAGAUCCCAGAAGUGGAGAAAGAUGUAUUUCGGGGGUGUCCAACGGUAGCUCUCCAGAUGUUUUUUUGCCUACAACUCCCAUCAGCCCCGGCCAUUGGCCAUACUGGCUGGGGCUGAUGGAGUUGUAGGGGGAAACCAUCUGGAGAGCUACUGUUGGCCACCCCUAUUUUAUUCUAAAGGUUUGGGACUGCCGGCAUCAAAUCAUCUGGAAUCCAUCUACAAGCGUUCCAGCUGCUGCCCAAAACUGAAAUCUCUUUGGCCCUUUAACUCCCAGUCCCCCACACACACACACACACACCCAACUGUAUGUCUUGUAAAAAGCAGCCCUACAGAAAAGAUGAUUUGGCAUAUAGAGUUCAGUGUAACAGCUGAGAAAGGAUUUGUGUCCUUGGGGUGGCGUUUUGCGUUUUUAAAAAUCUCUCCGUUUCAUUGUUAUGAACGAGGGAUGUGGGCCUCCGGGGUAAGAAGGUGGGGAGCCUUGGUUUGGCUUUUUCUAAGUAUUCUGCCUCUUCCUAAAAUUUAAAAUUAACACUGCCAUGGGUUUUCCCCCCCUUUUAUGUGCUCGGAAGUGUACGUUGGGGGAGGAAAGAAAUGUGAAAUAAAAAGACAAUCUUUUUUGAA